AUGGAAGGAGACAUCCUUAGAUCACUGCCUCCAGGUUAUAAGUUCAAGCCAAGAGAUGAAGAGCUGGUUGAUUUUUACUUGAAAAGAAAAAUCUACAAGAGACUAUUGCCACCCAACAUCUUCAGAGACGUUGAUCUCUACAAGUAUGAUCCUCUUACUCUGACAGAGAUGUGUGAUAAUGCUUCGUCAAAUGGCAUAAUAACGGAAUGGUAUUUUUUCACACCUAGAGAUCGUAAAUACCCAAAAGGCUCGAGGCCUAUGCGAAGUGCCGGUGAUGGGUACUGGAAGGCAACUGGAAAGCCUAUUCCGGUCAUCUCUAGAGGAGAGGAAAUCGGAUCCAAAAGGAGUUUGGUUUAUUGUAGAGGAAAAUCAGCUAAAGGUGAAAAAACCGAUUGGAUUAUGCAUGAGUAUGUGUUAACCAAAGCUCCACCAAGACAGAGACGUAACGAACAAGACAUGCAGCUUGAUGAUUGUGUACUUUGUAGAGUAUAUAAGAGGAGGGAAGCAAGGUCAAAAUCUGGAAUCCCAGUUGAAGGAAGCAAUGAUAAAGAACAAGAGGAAGCUUAUAAAGGUGAAGUAGCUCAGAAUGAAGGCCAAAUGCUGGAAAAUGAGAUUUCGCCUGAUUCGACAGUGAUGCCACAACAAACUAGUUCAAUGCUCCCACAGUUUUCGGAAUCUUUUGGUGCUAGGACAAUGCCUGCUCCAAUGGCAUCAAUGCCUCUUUAUCAUCAGUUUCAACUGCAAGUGCCGCCGCUGCCGCAGUUUUCGGGUGCUGGUCCUAGCAAUUUGAAUUUCACAGCGUCUGAUGGGUUCUUCUUAGAUGUACAACAAGUGGAAGUUGACAAUGAUGCAAUUGUAGCUAAGAGCGAAGCCGGAGUGAUGGAAAAUGGGAUUCUACCUGAUUGCUUGAAUACAAUGAUGCCACAACAAACUUUAUCAAUGAUUUGUCUCGAUGAAUUCGAUGACUAUUAUCUCCCAGAGUAUCCAGAAUCUUUUGAUUCCAUGUCCGGAGAAAACCCUACAAGUUUCAAUCGACAUGAAGCUGUUUCUGAUUAUUUUAAUUUUACCUCAAUGCCUACCCCAUUGGCGUCAAUGCCUCCUUAUUAUCAGUUCCAACCUCUUUGCUUUGAGCCGCAAGUGUUCCCCCAGCAGCAGCAGCUUUCUGGUGAUUACCGAAGUAAUUUUAACUUCACAGAGGCCGAUGGGUUCGUUUUAGAUUUCGAACAAGAGAAUGCUGAUGAUAGUGCAGUCGUAGCUAAGAGUGAAGCCCAAAAUGGGAUUCCACGUUUUACUCAAUGUAAAGAGUUUGAUGAUGCUGCCUUGAACAUGGUGAUGCCACAGAAACCAGUUUAA